AUGUCAUUGCUGUGUGUUGGAGUGAAGAAAGCCAAGCUUGAUGGACCCCAAGAGAAAUUUAACACAUACGUGACCCUGAAGGUGCAGAAUGUUAAGAGCACCACCAUCGCUGUGCGCGGCAGUCAGCCGUGCUGGGAGCAGGACUUCAUGUUUGAAAUAAACCGCCUGGAUCUGGGCCUCACAGUUGAGGUGUGGAAUAAAGGACUGAUCUGGGACACCAUGGUGGGCACCGUAUGGGUCCCCCUGCACAGCAUACGGCAGUCCAACGAGGACGGUCCAGGUCAGUGGCUGACGCUGGACUCCAACGUGAUCAUGGCUGAGAAUGAGAUCUGUGGAACCAAAGACCCAACCUUUCACAGGCUGCUGCUCGACAUCCGCUUUGAGCUGCCACUCGACAUUCCGGAGGAGGAGGCCAGAUACUGGGCCAAGAAACUUGAACAACUUAACGCCAUGAGAGAUCAAGAUUAUGCCUAUCAGGAGGAGCAGGAGCGGCCGCUGCACGCACCGACCACACAGUGCUGUAAUUGGAGUCUGUGGGGAGAGCAGCAAAACGAGGACCCCGACAGCGCCGUGGACGACAGGGACAGCGACUACCGCAGCGAGACCAGUAACAGCAUCCCGCCUCCGUUCUACACGACCUCUCAGCCUAACGCGUCCAUGCACCAGUAUCCCAUGAGGAACCCGCAGUUAAGACACUCCUACAAUGACGAUAUCCACGAGUUGGACUAUGACCACCGAGCCAUGAGACGCAAUGAUAGUUUAGACUCUGCCACCAACGGGGGCAGCGAUAUCGACUCAGGCUCGGGGUCGAGCCGGCGCACCAGUCGUCAGUAUUCACUAGACAGUAGGCACUCGCUGUCCAAUAGUCCCACGGACAGUCGUUACGGCUCAUCAGGCGAGUUGAGUCGAGGCAGCUCGCAGCUCAGCGAGGGGUUUGUUCCCGAGGACGGCGGGAGCUUGCGAGGUUCGGAGUUCUACGAUGAAAACGACUCCUACCACUCCUGCCACUCCUCAGUCAGCGGCGGCAAAGAGGAUUCCCCGGGCUGGGAGGGUGAAGAUCCCCAGGCCAUCUACAGCGACGAUGGAGCCUACCUCAAAGACGGAGGGGAGGAGGGGGCGCUGUAUGAUGAAGAUGAGGGAGAAAUGUACGGGGAGCAAGGAGAGUACACCUACGAAGAUGAGGAGGAGAUGCCGUAUGAGGAGGAUGAAGAUAUGUAUCAGCUUGACGGCACACUCAGUGAAUCCCAGGAACCGCCCUACACCCCCACACCCACAAGCACUGACCCCACCCUGAUGCCUCCCUCUGAUGGUCAGUCCUCCACCCGGCCGCCGCUGGAGAAGCAGGCGUCGUUGCGACAGCAGCAGCAGCCGGCCCACGAUCAGAUCCAGCCUCCGAUCACAGCUCCUGGUCUACCUCCGGCCUCACAGGACGACAUGUUACCACCUUUCACUUCAGACUCGACCAAAACUCCCUUUGCAUUCCCACAGCCAGAUAUGUCCACCACCACAUCCACACCCACUCCUGCAGCCACUAUACAGGCUCCAGUCCCAGACUCCAAACCCCUGGAACCUGAACACAAAGCUGAGUUAGCACUGGAGGAGCCGAAACCUUUCGAGCAGCUUCCAGCAGCAGAAGGCGUCCCUCCAGCUCCUGUGGAGAAAGCAGAGGAGCCUCCUGUUCCAAGUUUCCCGAGGAGAGAAAUCAUGGAGCCUGGUACUGCCAGAGCCAAAGCCAACUGGCUUCGACUGUGCAGCAAAGUGCGAUUACAGCUGCAAGAGGCCCGAGGAGAAAAUGUUGGCAUCGCCCGCCUGCUGCUAUCAGCAGGGAUGGGCGGCGCUCUGUACAGCAUCGACAGCAUGCCAGACCUCAGGAAGAGGAAAGCUGCGCCUCUGGUCAGAGAUCUGGCCAUGUCUUUGGUUCAGAACUCCAGGAAAGCAGGUAUCACCUCGGCCCUGACGUCCAGCACCCUCCAUAAUGAAGAACUGAAGAGUCAUGUCUAUAAGAAGACUCUUCAGGCCCUCAUAUAUCCCAUCUCCUGCACCACCCCACAUAAUUUUGAGGUGUGGACCGCCACCACUCCGACUUACUGCUACGAGUGCGAGGGGCUGCUGUGGGGUAUCGCUCGCCAGGGCAUGCGCUGUACCGAGUGUGGAGUCAAAUGUCACGAAAAGUGCCAAGAUCUACUCAACGCUGACUGUCUGCAAAGGGCGGCGGAGAAGAGCUCCAAACACGGUGCGGAGGAUCGAACCCAGAACAUCAUCAUGGUCCUGAAGGACCGCAUGAAGAUCCGUGAGAGGAACAAACCAGAGAUCUUUGAACUCAUUCAGGAAAUGUUCACCAUCCUCAAGGCCACCCAUGUCACCCAGAUGAAGCAGAUCAAACAGAGCGUGCUCGAUGGAACCUCCAAAUGGUCGGCCAAGAUCUGCAUCACAGUCUUGUGUGCUCAGGGUCUACAAGCCAAGGAUAAAACUGGUUCCAGUGAUCCUUAUGUCACUGUCCAGGUGGGAAAGACCAAAAAGAGGACCAAGACCAUCUACGGAAACCUCAACCCCGUCUGGGAGGAGACAUUUAAUUUCGAGUGUCACAACUCCUCAGAUCGGAUCAAGGUGCGCGUGUGGGAUGAGGACGACGACAUCAAGUCCCGUGUGAAGCAGAAGUUCAAGCGAGAGUCUGAUGACUUCCUCGGUCAAACCAUCAUCGAGGUCCGAACCCUGAGCGGAGAGAUGGAUGUCUGGUACAAUCUCGACAAGCGUACAGACAAAUCCGCUGUAUCUGGAGCCAUCCGCAUGCACAUUAAUGUAGAAAUCAAAGGAGAGGAGACGGUCGCCCCGUAUCACGUUCAGUACACCUGUUUGCAUGAAAACCUCUUCCACUAUAUGACAGACCUGCAGAACAACGGUGUGGUGAAGAUCCCUGACGCCAAAGGGGAUGACGCAUGGAAAGUUUACUUCGAGGAGACGCCCCAGGAGAUUGUAGAUGAGUUUGCCAUGCGCUACGGAGUGGAGUCCAUCUACCAGGCGAUGACCCACUUUGCCUGUCUGUCAUCCAAGUACAUGUGCCCAGGUGUGCCUGCAGUAAUGAGCACACUGCUGGCUAACAUCAAUGCCUACUAUGCCCACACCACCCAGGCAACUAACAACGUCUCUGCCUCUGACCGCUUUGCUGCUUCUAACUUCGGGAAAGAGCGAUUUGUCAAGCUUCUCGAUCAGCUGCACAACUCUCUGAGGAUCGACCUGUCCAUGUACAGAAAUAACUUCCCAGCCAGCAGUCCUGAGAGGCUGCAGGACCUCAAGUCCACAGUGGACCUCCUCACCAGUAUCACCUUCUUCAGAAUGAAGGUCCAAGAACUCCAGUCUCCGCCCAGGGCCAGUCAGGUAGUCAAGGACUGUGUCAAAGCUUGUCUCAACUCCACCUACGAGUACAUCUUUAACAACUGUCAUGAGCUAUACAGCCGCGAGUAUCAGACAGACCCGGCGAAGCAGGGUGCCGUGCCUCCAGAGGAGCAGGGACCGAGCAUCAAGAACCUGGACUUCUGGUCCAAACUCAUCACACUCAUUGUUUCCAUUAUUGAGGAGGACAAGAACUCCUACACCCCCUGCCUGAACCAAUUUCCCCAGGAGCUCAACGUGGGUAAAAUCAGUGCAGAAGUGAUGUGGAACCUGUUUGCUCAGGAUAUGAAAUAUGCAAUGGAGGAACAUGAAAAAAAUCGCCUGUGCAAGAGCGCAGAUUACAUGAACCUGCACUUCAAGGUCAAGUGGCUCUACAACGAGUACUGCAAAGACCUUCCUUUCUUCAAGAGCAGAGUGCCCGAGUAUCCUGCGUGGUUUGAGCCAUUUGUCAUCCAGUGGCUGGAUGAAAAUGAAGAAGUGUCUCGAGACUUUCUGCACGGUGCUCUGGAACGAGACAAAAAAGAUGGGUUCCAGGUCACAUCAGAACACGCUCUGUUCUCCUGCUCCGUGGUGGAUGUGUUUUCUCAACUCAACCAGAGCUUUGAGAUCAUCAGGAAGCUGGAGUGUCCAGAUCCACAGAUUGUUGGACACUACAUGAAGAGAUUCGCCAAGACAAUCAGCAAUGUUCUACUGUCCUAUGCUGACAUAAUCUCCAAGUGUUUUGCCAACUAUGUCACCAUGGAGAAAGUGCCCUGCAUCCUGAUCAACAACAUCCAACAGCUGAGAGUUCAACUGGAGAAAAUGUUUGAAGCGAUGGGUGGAAAAGACCUGUGUGUGGAGGCCAGCGAUAUCCUCAAGGACCUGCAGAUUAAGCUCAACAAUGUUAUGGAUGAUCUCAGCAGGGUCUUUUCUGUCAGUUUCCAGCCUCAUAUUGAGGAGAACGUGAAGCAGAUGGGAGAUAUCUUGGCCCAGGUGAAGGGAACUACAAACGUAGGGAAUGCCAGCAGCGUGGCGCAGGAUGCUGACAACGUCCUGCAGCCCAUCAUGGAGUUCCUGGACAGCAACCUGACUUUGUUUGCUAAGAUCUGUGAGAAGACUGUGCUGAAGCGUGUGUUGAAGGAGCUGUGGAAGCUGGUGAUGAACACCAUGGAGAAGACCAUCGUCCUGCCGCCGCUCACAGACCAAACGAUGAUUGGGAGGCUGAAGAAUGCUUCUCACAGUGAUGGCACUCAGCUCAUCUUUAACGCUGCCAAGGAGCUGGGACAGCUGUCCAAGCUGAAGGAGCACAUGGUUCGUGAGGAGGCCAAGGCGCUCUCACCCAAGCAGUGUGCGGUGAUAGAGCUGGCCCUCGACACCAUUAAGCAAUACUUCCAUGCCGGUGGCGUGGGUCUGAAGAAGACUUUCCUGGAGAAGAGUCCUGACCUCCUGUCUCUGCACUACGCCCUGUCCCUCUACACUCAGGCCACAGACAAACUGAUUAGGACCUUUGUCUCUUCACAGAACGCACAAGUGUUCGGCGGGAAGGGGGUGAGGUUCACCACUAGUGAGGAUGUUUACCCAGACAAGGGCUCUGGGGUGGACGAUGCUGUGGGAGAGGUGUCCAUCCACGUGGAGAUCUUCACUCACCCCAACACUGGAGAGCACAAGGUCACAGUGAAAGUCGUGGCUGCCAAUGACCUGAGGUGGCAGACGCAGGGAAUUUUCCGGCCCUUCGUGGAGGUCUACAUCAUCGGCCCCCACCUCAGCGACAAGAAGAGGAAGUACGCCACAAAGUCGAAGAACAACAGCUGGGCUCCCAAAUACAACGAAACCUUCGCAUUCACCCUGAGCAGCGAGGUGGGUCCGGAGUGCUACGAGCUGCAGGUGUGUGUGAAGGACUACUGCUUCGCCCGAGAAGACCGCACCGUGGGAAUGGCCGUCUUGCAACUGAAGGACAUGGCCUCCAAGGGCAGCGUGGCCUGCUGGCUGCCGCUGGGUAAACGCAUCCACAUGGACGAAACGGGCCUCACCGUGCUGCGCAUCCUGUCCCAGCGCAACAACGACGACGUGGCCAAGGAGUUUGUCAAGCUCAAGUCCGACCAGCGCUCUCCUGAGGAAGGCCGCAGCUAA